AUGUUAACAGCGAGAUAUCUCCGUCCCCUUUGUCAACCUCUCCACUUUUCUACACGAUGGAGGAGUGCGCUAGUGAACGAAACGGCCUCUCCGAUCCUCACACCAGCUGCACGUAAAUUGAUGUUCAAAGAUGAGCUGGAACAGGCCCGCAAACGAGCACUCGAGGGAGGAGGUGUCGAACGUGUCGCCAAGCAGCAUGAAAAGGGGAAACUCACGGCUCGUGAACGCAUUGAGUUGCUGCUGGAUAAAGGAACGUUCCGUGAAUACGACAUGCUCAAGUCGCACCGCUGCUCGGACUUUAAUAUGGCGAAACAACAUUAUCCGGGAGAUGGUGUCGUUACGGGUCGAGGGCUUAUCAACGGUCGACUUACAUUUGUCUUUAGUCAGGACUUUACCGUCUUUGGUGGCAGUUUAUCCGAGACGUACGCUGAGAAGAUCGUCAAGAUUAUGAACAAAGCCAUGGAGCUUGGGGCACCAGUCAUUGGACUCAAUGACUCGGGUGGUGCUCGUAUUCAGGAAGGUGUGGCAUCUUUAGCUGGAUACGCUGACAUCUUUCAGCUGAAUGUACUGGCAUCGGGUGUCAUCCCGCAACUUACGCUGGUCAUGGGACCGUGUGCUGGUGGAGCCGUGUACUCGCCUGCUAUGACCGACUACAUCUUCAUGUGCCGUGACUCGUCGUAUAUGUUUGUGACGGGACCUGAGGUCGUGAAAACGGUGACAAACGAAGAGGCUACACAGGAAGAGCUCGGUGGAGCUACAACACACACGAAGACUUCCGGUGUUGCUCACUGCGCGUUUGACAACGACGUGGAGGCUAUUCGUGAGAUGCGCCGCUUCUUUGAUUUCUUGCCAUUAAACAACAAGGAGAAGCCGCCCGUGCGCAAGUCAGACGACACGCGCAACCGACCUACGCCUACGCUUGAGAAUAUCGUGCCCCCUGAUCCGAACGUGCCGUACAACAUGAAAGACAUCAUCCAUCAGGUUGUGGACUCCUUCGACUUUUUCGAGAUCAUGCCUGACUAUGCCAAAAACAUUAUCGUUGGUUUUGGUCGCAUGGAGGGCCGUGUCGUGGGCAUUGUGGCGAACCAGCCCAUGGAGCUCGCUGGUUGUCUAGAUAUUAACUCAUCCGUCAAGGGGGCACGUUUCGUGCGCUUCUGUGAUGCCUUCAACAUUCCCAUUGUAACGUUGGUAGAUGUGCCGGGUUUCCUGCCGGGUCUAGACCAAGAAUACGGUGGUAUCAUUCGUCAUGGCGCCAAACUGUUGUACGCGUACGCCGAGGCGACUGUACCGAAGAUUACAAUCAUUACACGCAAGGCAUACGGCGGUGCUUACGACGUCAUGAGUUCAAAGCACCUACGAGGCGACAUCAACUAUGCGUGGCCGUCAGCUGAGAUUGCCGUGAUGGGAGCAAAGGGUGCGGUAGAGAUCAUCUUCCGUGGCCAGAACGUAGAAGAGAACACUGCUGACUAUGAGACGAAGUUUGCCAACCCCAUGGUCGCUGCCCAGCGUGGAUUUGUGGACGACAUUAUCGAACCUAUUGAUACUCGCCGUCAUAUUUGCGAAGACCUAGAUAUGCUGGAGACUAAGAAUGUCAAGAACCCAUGGAAAAAACACGGCAAUAUUCCGCUAUAA